GGUAAAGUUAGCAGAGGAAGAUAAGCAGCGGAUGAAAGGAAAAAGAACAAUGGCGCUCCUUAGAUGUGUUGUUAAUUAACGUUCAUAAUUCGGAUGUCAAUGACACCCACAAAAUGUUAGAAGGUGAUUUGUCCCUGGAUAACCUGUUUUAUGACGGGCCAGUGAUUCAUAAAGUGAGACCAUUAUGCCAGGAACAGGGUUCUUGGAUGUUCCAUGCCCCACCCUCUUUAUCACAAUUACCUGCAACUCAAGACAUGCUAGGGGAGACAGCACAACUUUCCUCAAACGGUUACUCACAGCGAUCCAAGAAAUUUCUCCCUCUACCAAAAAAAACAAUCCACAACCCCACUGAAAGUAUCCAAGGGCAGAAUGUGAGAUCACAAGAGCUGGUGGAAUCUGUUCUGUGGCACUAUGAAGCUUCUGGAGAAACAGAAAAGGCUGUCAGAAGUAGCACAAUCUCAAUGGGUGCAAUGCAGGAUAUGGAUUGCCUUUUGGAAACAAGAACUUUACCUCCUGCCAGUGCUCCUCCAUUCAAGACCCGGUUGUUCACAGCUCCCACAAGAAAGAUCUCAGGCAGUGGUGAAGACAGUGUUUCAAAUCCAAUGAUAUUGACAGCAAAUGAUGACCCUUUCCUUGGUCAGGUUGCCAUGACAACCAGGGGUCCAACAACAACACAUGGUGUUGCUACAUGUAGUCCCUUUAUUGGGUUGGGCCUAGCUGAGCAAUACCAUUCUGAAGAACAAAAAUUGGAUUUUCCUGCAAAAACAGCCCAUAAUCUCCAUCUUACUCCCAAACCUGUUGAAUUUGAAGGGACAUCUGGAAAAGGAACCCUUCGCCCAGUCUCCGAAAUUCCUGCUAAAUUCAGAAGUGUUUUUAAAGAAUUUCCCUACUUUAAUUACGUACAAUCCCAAGCAUUGGAUGAUGUUCUGUACACCAGUAAAAACUUUGUUGCUAGUGCCCCCACGGGAUCUGGGAAGACAGUGCUCUUUGAAUUGGCUAUUAUUCGACUUCUGAUUGAGGCUUCAGAGCCCUGGCACAAUGUCAGAGCUGUAUACAUGGCACCAAUUAAGGCUCUUUGCAGUCAACUAUAUGAAAACUGGAAACAGAAAUUUGGACCUCUUGGACUGAACUGCAAGGAGUUGACAGGAGACACAGAGAUUGAUGAUAUUUUUGAAAUCCAGGAUGCUCAUCUUAUUUUCACAACUCCAGAAAAAUGGGACAGCAUGACAAGGAGGUGGAGGGAUAACUGUUUGUUGCCAUCUGUUCGUCUUUUCCUCAUCGAUGAGGUACAUGUGGUGAAAGACAAAACCCGUGGAGCUACUCUUGAGGUUGUGGUAAGCAGAAUGAAAACCAUGUACUCGCAUUGCAUGGCUGUAAAUCCAGAAUCAAAAGGAUCCAUGAGAUUUGUGGCUGUCUCAGCCACCAUCCCAAACAUCCAAGAUAUAUCCGAAUGGCUGUCGGAUGAUUUAGGGCCUGCCACUUGUCUGGAGAUGGAUGAGAGUCAUAGGCCAGUGAAACUGAGGAAAGUGGUGCUUGGUUUCCCCUGUGGAAAUAAUCAGAAUGAAUUUAGAUUUGAUCUUUCUCUCAACUACAAAAUGGCCAACGUCAUUCAGACCUACUCUGAUCAAAAACCAACACUUGUGUUUUGCUCCACAAGAAAAGGAGUUCAACAGUCUGCUGCUGUGCUUGCCAAGGAUGCCAGGUUUUUUAUGAGCAUUGACCACAAACAACGGCUGGUGAAAUAUGCAAACUCUCUGCUUGAUGCAAAACUCAGAGAUCUAAUAAUUUGUGGCAUUGGAUAUCACCAUGCUGGCAUGGAAGUGUCAGACAGAAAAGUGGUUGAAGAUGCAUUUACAGGGGGUGACUUGCCGGUGCUAUUUACAACAAGCACCUUAGCCAUGGGUGUGAAUCUUCCAGCCCACCUUGUAGUCGUCAAAUCCACAUUGCACUACGUUGGAGGUGCUUGUGAAGAGUACAGUGAAGCUGACCUGUUGCAGAUGAUUGGGAGAGCAGGCAGACCACAGUUUGAUACAGCAGCAACUGCUGUGAUCAUGACCCGAUCUCAGACAAAGGACAAAUAUACACAGUUAUUGAGUGGAGUAGACACCAUAGAGAGCAGCUUGCAUACAAACUUGGUGGAGCAUUUGAAUGCUGAGAUUGUUCUCCACACCAUAUCUGAUGUGAACAUGGCUCUAGACUGGAUUCGCUCCACCUUUCUGUACAUCCGCGCAUUGAAAAACCCCAAACACUAUGGUUUCCCCCCUGAGCUUGACAAAUGUGGAAUUGAAACUAAAUUACAAGAACUGUGCUUGAAGAACCUGAACUCUUUGGCUUCUUUGAACCUGAUUACUAUGGAUGAAGAUAUUAAUAUCAAACCCACAGAGACCGGAAAACUUAUGGCUAGGUACUGUGUUGCCUGUGACACUGUGAGGCAGUUCAGUAUGGUUACUGGAACAGAGACCUUGCCCGAGUUGAUUGAAAUGAUAUCAAAGGGGAAGGAAUUUAGUGAUGUGCAAUUGAGGGUAAAUGAGAAGAAAACCUUGAACAUGUUAAACAAAGAUAAGAACAGUACCACCAUCAGGUAUCCUUUGGAAGGAAAGAUCAAAAGUAAUUACAUGAAAGUGAAUUGUCUGAUUCAAGCUCAUCUCAGCUGCAUCCCUAUUCAGGAGUUUGGACUCAUACAGGACACUGGAAAGAUAUUCAGAAAUGGAAACAGAGUCAGCAAAUGUCUGACUGAGUUUCUCAGGCAUCAAUCCAGAAAGAAUUUCUCUGCUCAGCUCAACUCUUUGAUUCUUGCCAAGUGUUUUCGAGCCAAACUGUGGGAGAACUCACCUUACAUCUCCAAGCAGCUUGAGAAGAUAGGAUUAUCACACGCCACUGCUAUGGUGAAUGCAGGCCUUACAACAUUCAGCAAAAUUGAGGAGACCGGUCCCAGAGAACUAGAACUUAUUGUGAACCGACACCCUCCCUUUGGAAACCAGAUUAAGGAAGCUGUCAGCAAACUUCCAAAAUAUGAAGUUAGUUUGGAACAGAUUCCACGAUACAGUCUUUCCACAGCUGAGAUUGUUGUCACCAUGAACUUGAAGAACUUUAAGGAGUUGGCAUCGAAACGGACAGCACGAGACAACCAUCAUGUUACUCUGAUUAUUGGGGACUGUGACAAUAAUGUCGUUUUCCAUCAGAAAAUCUUGGACACAAUGCUCUUGAAAUCUGGAAGCUGGUCAAAGAGAAUCGAAGUAACAAGAACAUCUAAGGGAGAUGAGAUCAGCAUUAAUUUGAUAAGCUCUGAAUAUGUCGGCCUGGACAUACAGCAGAAUUUCAGUGCCUUCUACUCUGGAGCAAAAAGUUUUGGAGCUGAAUCCUACACCUUAGAACGCCCUUCAUGGAGGAUGCAGAGGGUUCUUGGCACAGAGAAGACACUACAAAGCCCAGUACUGACAAGUCACUCUUCUUCAAACAGAGAUCAGAAACCUAGACAGGAACAACAAUAUGAUCAGCCCUCAGACAGAGAUCAAAUUGCUCAAGAUACUGUUAAGAGACAGUGCAAUCAUCUCUGCAGAAAUAAGGAGCUCUGUGGGCAUGACUGCUGCAAAGUUGGAGUCGUGAUGAAAAGGUCUGUAAAUCAUUCCACUUUCUCCUCAUACCAUCAAGAUCUAAUAAUUAGGAAUGAAAGACUCACCGUAACUCCUGUGAAACGUUUGAAGAUGAUGAUGAAUACUGGAACAGCAGCUAUAAGCAUGCAGCAGUUCUCAUACAAACCCAAAAACACACUUCCUCACAUCAAGAAGUUUGAUGGAAUUCAAUAUUCUCAAAGUGCCUCUGAAAACACAGAAUUAGAAGAGGGUUUUGUUACACCCAACAACAAUUCCUCCUAUUAUGGGUACAACGAUUACCAGGGAAAUGUAUAUUCUGAAAUUGGAGGCCCAGCAUUUAAACAUCCCAUGCAAACUACUUUUUCACCUCAAAAGUUGUUGAUACACAGUAACCUGAAGUCCCUCAAAGAUGUACAGAUGGAUGGAAUCACUCCAAAUAAUCCUUUCGAUGUGACUUUUGACCUGGGAGUAAAUGACUGGGAUGAUUUUGAUGAUGGUAACUUGGUCCGUGCUAGGUGUUUGACUUCAGUCUCACAAACUCAAGCCAAAAUCAAACAGGGAGCAGCAAGUCAUAUCACCUCACAAAGGAUCCAACCAAUGACUGUUGCACCUCAGACGAGAGUGUUCUCAGAAAUAAGCUUGAACACAGUCUCAAACCAGAGUGAGGCCAAAAAAACUUCCAAGGAUAUCCAAGGAAGAUUUGAAUUUUUCUCAAGGUCAUAUACAGCUGAAGGGGAAAACACCUUUGUUAACAGGGAUUGUGCAGAGGACAUCAGCAACGAGGCUGAUGUUUUUCUUGGUAUAUUCGAUGGACUUUUGUAAAGUUGUAGAGUGUUUUAAAGGGUCCCUGACACUUCUAGCAAUAUUCAGUUGUCAAGAAUCAAAGUUCCUAGGUUAUUUCUUUGGAUUUUCCGGCAUAAGAAUGCCCUUUAUUUAACUAUACUUCACUUUUGCAUCAAAGUAUGUAGAAUCUGAAAUGUCAAUUACAAAUGAAUUACUGUUAUUUUGUUCUGCAAUGCAUCAACAAUAAAAUUAUUAG